CUCGCCCCACGAUGCACUUGAUAUAAGGAAAGAAAAAUAUACUUUUUUUCAUCUGGGAAUGCCCAGGCAGUAGUUACAAGUAACUAACUCUUGUAGAUUCCCGCACACCGGUUUUUUAUCCAUGUGUUUCACGUGUUUGCGCGCAACAGUGAGGUAGGACACGGACACGUUUUACGCGAGUGGCGUCCACUCGUCGUGGAUGAGGCUGUCGCGGGUCGGCGUCUGAGCCCCGCAGGAUCCGCCUGUCAAAGGGCAUCGUGACUUCUGUGGCGCUUUCUCAAGUGGAAGAGGAAUAUUUGCCCGGAGAUGCUGCUGUGGGUGCACAUAUUGUGGUUUUUACCUCUGACUGGAGCGGCUCCUUCUCUGACAAAUGAGGAGCUGGACACUGGGGUGGACUGGCUGAGUAAGUUCGGCUACCUCCCGCCCCCUGACCCGGCGACCGGUCAGCUUCAGACCAAGGAGGCCCUGACCAAGGCCAUCAAAGCCAUGCAGAAGUACGGAGGGCUGACGGAGACGGGAGUCUUAGACCAAGCCACUCUGGGCCUAAUGACAACACCCAGAUGUUCUUUGCCAGAUGUGUCUGAGGCCGAGGACACAGUGGGCCGCAAGAAACGGAGCCCGACGCCUCAGAACAAAUGGAACAAGAGACAUCUGUCCUGGAGAGUGAGGACCUUCCCCAAGGAUUCGGCCUUACUGGGCAGGGACACGGUCCGAGCCCUGAUGUACUACGCCCUGAAGGUCUGGAGCGACAUCGCACCACUCAACUUCCACGAGGUGGCCGGCAGCGAUGCUGACAUUCAGAUAGACUUCACUAAGGCCGACCACAACGACGGCUAUCCCUUCGACGGGCCCGGGGGCACGGUGGCACACGCCUUCUUUCCCGGGGAGAGGUUCACGGCCGGGGACACGCACUUUGACGAUGACGAGGCCUGGACCUUCAGAUCUCCAGACUCUCACGGGAUGGACCUGUUCGCGGUUGCGGUGCACGAGUUCGGUCACGCCAUCGGCCUGGUCCACACCUCCGCCAUGGAGUCCAUCAUGAGGCCGUACUACCAGGGUCCCGUCGGCGACCCCCUGAAAUACGACCUCCCCUAUCAGGACAAAGUCCGCGUCUGGCAGCUCUACGGCGUCAGAGACUCGGUGUCCCACACAAACCCACCGGGCAACCCGUCGCAGACGGCUGAGCCUCCCGUCCUGCUGGACCUUCCUGAAAACAGAUCCACCGUCCUGCUGGCUCGAGAUGCCCCAGACAGAUGCACCAGUCACUUUGAUGCAGUGGCCCAGAUACGAGGGGAGGCCUUCUUUUUCAAAGGAAAGUACUUCUGGCGACUAACGAGAGAGAAGCACCUGGUGUCUCUGCGCCCCGCUGAGAUCCACCGAUUCUGGAGGGGCCUCCCUCCCAAUCUGGACAGUGUGGAUGCUGUAUAUGAGAGGCCCGGGGAUCACAAAAUAGUCUUUUUCAAAGGUCUAAAGUACUGGGUAUUUAAGGACACCAUUGUGGAGGAGGGCUACCCUCGUCCAAUCAGUGACUUUGGCCUGCCCUUGGAAGGAGUGGACGCGGCCUUCAUUUGGUUACACAACGACAAGACGUACUUCUUCAAGGACAGCCACUACUGGCGCUACGACGACCACCUGAGGCGUAUGGACCCGGGCUACCCUAAGGACAGCACGCUGUGGAAGGGGCUGCCGCCGCAGCUGGACGACGCCAUGAGGUGGUCGGAUGGCUCAUCGUACUUCUUCAAGGGGAAGGAGUACUGGCGAGUGCCCAGCAGCGACAUGGAGGCGGAGGCGGGAUACCCCCGCCUCAUCGCCAAAGACUGGCUGCUGUGCACCGAGAUGCAGUCGGACUCUCCGGACCUGGAACCCAAGGGCACGGAGACGAGGGCCAACGUGCACCGCCAGCCGGACCUCGCCGACAACGGGUACGAGGUGUGCUCCUGCACCUCCGACACCGCCUCGCCUUUGGGAGCGCGCCCCUCCCCGUCGCCCCUGUGGCUGCUGCCGCCUCUGUGGACGCUGUGGCUGGCCCUGCGCUCGGGACCCCUAUGAUGCCAAAGCGCGGGACGGAGCUCCUGAGCUGAUUGGUGAAGGGCCAGUAGCCAGCUCAGCGGAAGCAUCUCCUGACAACGUCUUUGCCAUCCUUCUGUGCUUUUUCUGUUAUUUAUUUUAACAGGUCAUGUAGUGAGCUCUGCCAGCUUCAGCAGUCAUCAGUCCACAUAUACUUUACAAAGUGUUUUACUGAAUGGUCAGACUGCUUCAUACACAGAAGUGUCAUUUUUUGUCUCCGUGCGCAGCAGGUUUACAGCUGCAAUGCCUCAUAUGCGUUAAGUUAAAAGGCAUCCCUGGAUGUAGGCAGCUCAAAGGGGAACAGCGCACCAACACACACACACACACGCAUAUACACACUGUGGCCUAUUUUAUCAAAUCAUAGCAGAUACCUUCUUACAAGGUAAAGUUCACCAGAAUUCAUACAAAAUGAGUUCCCAACUGUCAAAGAAUUGUCAGCACUUUUUUACACUACGACCUAUUUUAACACAUCUCGGAUAGUAACUAAGUAGUAAGCCAAUGUAUUAUUAUGUAAUAAUGUAUGCCUCUGCUUCAAUGCAGUGGAGUUAAAAGGAAUGUAUUUGUUCAGUUCAAUACAAACUACACAUUGUUUCUUUGCAAAAACAAUGUCAUUGUAAAUCUGUAUGAGCCAUCAAACUGGUUGAAUUCCUCAUUUGAAACUACUUUCAAUAUAGUUUCAGUUUGUCAAUUUUCCAGAGUAACAGGAACAUUUAAAUUGGUAGUUUAAAUUAAAAGUAACAGUUGUUUACUUUGCUGUGUGCACCUCUAACAUUGAGUUAACAAACGUUUUACUGUGAGCGCCUUAAGGAUGGAAGGAUGUGUCGGUGGAUGUGCACCCGUUUCCUUCUCUCAACUGCUUUUGUACGUGUGUGUACGUUUCAUAAUUUCCACCUCCAGUUUAAAACGCAUUCCCUCUUCAUGCUUUAGUUAUAUCGUUUGUGUCAAAUUUAGAUAAAAUGAACAUUUAUCCUGUUUAUUUAACAUUGCUUCAGGCCAUAGCUUAUGAAGCCCCUUAGCUCCUUCUGACAACUUGGUCCGUGGAUUUCUUCUUGCUGUAAAGAUAUAUUUACCUAUAGACUGAUAUAUUUGAGUUGAAGGGUUCUGCACUCAUUGCAUAACCGAGUGGACGGUGUAUAUUUUAAGCUGUGUUUUAUAAUGUAAAAUAUUUUUGUAGAAAAUUAAAAAAUACAUCAGAAUGACUUUAUUGGCUGGUCACAUGAAUGUAUAUGGAGGCAGAUUAUUUUGACUGCUCAGCGUGUCUGAGCGACUGCUUAAUUAGCGCCCCAGCCCGAGCCUUGAAGGCAGAUGAAGGUAACAUGGCAGCUUGCAAACACCAACUGGGAGCUGCUCUCCAUCUCUCUGAUGUUGUCUUUUGUUAUGGUCAGUGCUGCUCAUCAGGAAUGCAAAACCCGACUUGUCAAUCAAACCACAUACUCGCUCUGAAGUUCAUUCAUGAACAGAUUUGCUGGCAGAGAAUUAUAUGUAACCUGAUCCAAGAAAUAUUAAUCUGCACAGAUACUGCUAAUUUACCAAUCACAGAAGUCAACAGGAUGCUCAAUUCCUUUCGAGAUGAUUAUUGGGAGUAUAUUGAAAUUUAAGUAAGGAUGAAUACUCCAAAACCUGCAGAGGAAGACACACCAAAAUGCAUGUUUAAGAAAAACUGCAGACCAGAAAACUUUAUUCUUGAGGUAAAAUUCAGUUUAAAAGUGUCAAAAGUCCCUCAAUCAUUUUUUCUGCAAACCACAGCAGUGUUCCUUCUCUACUCUCGACACACUCGAGUGGUAUUAAUUAACUGGUGUGUCUCAGCAGCCACAAGAAAAACACCUGCACCCGCAGGCAAAUGCACAAUGGAUAGGUCACUUUCUCCAGACACCAUUCGCACAACAAUUCGAUGUGUUACACUGGAACGUUAUUGUAGAAACUUUUCAUUUCAAGAACAAUUUCAGUGAAAAUUCGAAACGAGUGUCAUCAUCCAAAGAGUUCGGUCUAUAGUCUCCCCAUGGCCCACUCACAGCUUGAGUCACCAGAUGGGCCGGCCUGAACCAAUCAAUUACUCUGUAACCGAAAUAUAAAAGCCGAGGAGCUGCUUGCUAAGCCGAGGACGUUGCAGUGGGGUUGUGUAGUGUAAAGGGGAGACAGCGAGUGCUAGAUCAAUAGACACAGGGUUAGACACAGGUAACUCAUGACACAACUAGAAGUACCAACACUGAAAAGCCUAAAACAGAUUUAGAAACAGAAUCAUCUCCGACAGUGGCAACG